AAAGAAGGUAGAAGGAUUCAGAAGUUCAUUUCUCUUUUCUUCAACCCGUUUCCUCUCUUCUCCUUUCUCUUUUCUUCUCUGCGUUCCCAAACCCUUGGGCAAAGGGGGAUUUUUAAUGCGUGAGAGAGAGCGGCGUGACGAAGAAUCCAAUGCUUAGAGGAUUAACGGACAAGAACGAAAUUAAGAGAGCGAGGAUCAGUUAUAAGGAGUAAAGGAGAAGAAGAAUCCGUAGUUGGGGGUUUAAUUUCUAGGGUUCGAGAAUUCAAUUUGGGAUGAUGGAGAGAGCCUAUAAAUAGGACGAGCAAGAGAGGGUUAGGGACACACUGACAAAGCAUUCUAGAAAAUUAAGAGUGAGGGUUCGAGUUGAGUGAGAGACGUGCGGGAAUUUGGAGAUUGGAGGAAGUGUUGAUUUUUCCCGGUAUGAGGAGCUACCCUUGCUUUCUUUUAAUUGUGGUUUUGGUCUGAAUGCGUGGUGAAUGAUGUUCUGCGGUGCGAAUGAUUUGUACAAUAUUCUGAUUUUGCUCGUGUCUGAUGGUUUCAGAUUAAUAAAUGAAGCAUAUUGUGAAGAUUUUGGCAUUGGUAGUAGCCAUUACAGUGUUAUGGAUUGGUCUUUUACAAACUUCGGUGAUUUCACAUAGCUACAUUUGGCUGCUACCUAUAUAUUUUGUUGUGUCUUUAGGAUGUUACGGUCUAUUAAUGGUUGGAGUUGGUCUGAUGAAUUUCCCAACCUGUCCCCAAGAAGCUCUGUUGUUGCAGAAGGACAUUGUUGAGGCCAAGGAAUAUUUGAAACAAAAAGGAGUUGAUCUUACUCUCGACUGAUGUGGUUGAUGCGGUUUCAGAUCUAACGAGAUGUUCUGAAUAGGCUGCUGACAAAUACCCGAUUCAGAGUUGUGAAAGAUUUUUCAUUUAACUUCAUACACAACAAAUUACUAAUGUGGAAACCGCCUUCGAUUUUGGCAAAUGUACAUGAACUCUUUAUACAAUCAAUGGAUAGCUUUUUUUCUGUCAGUAUUCUUUUAUUUUAAUUUUGAUUGCAAAUUUUUAGCCUUUGAGAACAUUGGAGAACAUUGUGUAUUUAAACAAUGGUUCCUCAAGAUAUGAUGAUAGGAAGAUCGGAGAACAUUGUGUAUUUCAA